GGUAGAAUCAUCGCUCUCUCUUUUUUCGCGUCAAUUGGUGUACUACUCGUCGUUCUUGGGUGUGCUUUGGAAGAAUACGGGUGAGUAAAGAGGUGUUGAAAGUUUCUAGAACAUUACUUGUAAGUUAAAAAUAUACAGUUUUGCUAUUUAAUCGAACCCUUUUCAUUGACUUGGGUCAAAGUGUUUGAAUUACGCAUCCUCCUUACAAAUUGUCUUCCUCUCCUUGUAAGGAUUGCUAGAUACCUUUAACUAUUAUUUGUUUGUCCUUCAUCAUUGCAGGGUAUGGUGGCCUUUGUUUGUAUGUAAGUAAACUCUUGAAAUUAUAAAGUAGAGCACUGUAGUUAAACUAGGGUGAAGAGACACACAAUAUCAGAACAGUGCUAGUAUCUGAACAGCUGCACACCAAUUCUACCCUAUUACCCAAGAGCAGUCAACUGAUAGCAUUUUGCAAAAAUUAAAGAGAGGAAAAUAAUUAGACAUGGUUUGAUGCUACUCUGAUUGAAAGAUCUGCCAAACCUAAGGAUCCUGUCACAUAAGAACAAUGAACCAAUGCUAUUUAUUCUAUUCCGCGCAAUGACUGUGAUCAUAAGUAUAUUGGACAGACCAAGCAUCAGUUUGGUACACAUUUGAAAGAGCAUCAAAAAGUGGUCUUCUUUUGCAAAAAAGAAAAUUCAGCUUUGUUAGAGCACACAUGCCCAUCCAAACAUACAAUUGGGUAGGAUGAUUCUAAAAUUAUCACCACUAAUCGACAUUACCACCAAUGCCUUUGUUUGGAAGCCAGGCAUAUCAACUUCACCCAUGCUCCUUUUAAUCAUGAUGAUGGGGGCUUACUUCCAGACACCUAUUUACACCUCGUCAGAGAAAAGGGCAGCUUAUUAGUGAGUGUAUAAAAGGACCUCUUGUUACAGCAUUUAGAUCACCCCUGAUGAAGGUACUAGACAGUAGUGUCAAAAUAUUGGGUCUAUGAAUUGUAACUUCCUGGUUACAUUCAUUAAAUUUUUAAACCAGAAUAGUAUCAAACUAUGUCUGAUUGUUCACCUGGUUGCCAUGUGAACUUUAAAAUAGGGAAACAAAUAUUCAUAUUAACAGGAAGUGCUUGAAAAUCCCAACUGGCGGGAGGCAGACCAAGGACUUAAACCCAGGACUACCAGAUCACAAUUACGGCACCCUAACCACCCUAACUGAAAUUUCUUUUUAAUUAAAGAUGGGACAGUUAAUUUUAUUUUAUUCAUAAUGAAAUUACUGCUGUUCUCCUUGCAGUGUUUUUUUACGCCCUAGCCCCAAUACCAACUGUCAUUGCCAAAAGAUUUUGUGAAGAUUUUUCGUCCAAUGCUGCCAGGUAAGUAACUACACUAUGAAAGCAAAUAAACAUAUGGCAAAAGAAACAUGACUGCUUAUGAACCAAAAAAUAGAUGCAUUUGAAAUGAAUAGAUAAAUAAGGAGACAUCACAUCAGCAGUGGAAUGGAUGACUGCAUUUUACAGCCAAUUAAAUUUGUCAUCUUUUUUGCAGUUAAUUGGAGAUAGUAUUCAAUACUCAGAUUGAAUUUGUUUGUCUUGCAAUAUGUAGCAGAAACCCACAGAUAGGAACCUUUGUUAGUAUAUUUUCAAAUUAGCCUCCAUAAGUUCUUGAUAUGAAUAAUGUUUACUUUGAAAUUAGGCUACUUAUGUUCUUAAUCAGGUUCUUAAUUCUUGUUUACAAAAAAAAAAAAACAAACAAACAAACAACAAGUGUAUUCUUGGAUGUGGGUGUAAUACAGUGCUGUAUGCCAGCCCUAUAGUGCCGUGCUGGGUUAAGUUAUUCACACAGUUGGGUAUGUUGUGUGGCUACGGAGCUAUUAUCAGUACAAUGUUAUGGUCUUUUAACUCAGCCAGUAUUCUGGGUAGUUUUUGUUACAGUUUUUGUAUCGCAUAUGAUUUACUGUUUUGUAUUUUAAAAAUGCUAUUUUCUAAAAAAAUGAGAACCAAGCUGUGUUGAGAUUGUACCCUACAAUGGUUCUUAUGUGGAGGAUGCUUAACUGAGAAAUUUUAGCCUGACAGGUUCUCAAAUUUUAGGUCUUUAAAAGUAGGUUCUUACUGUUUUGGAAAUUAUUUCAAUAUUUCACAGUUAAAUUUUGUCAUAUCAUUCAAGCUCUGUGAUAGGAAAGAUGGCUUAAGUUUCUACUCACAACAAUGGGUCAAGACAAGCGUAACCAAAUAAAACACAUGCAACUUGCACAGUCAAAAUAGUGCAAGUCAAAAUAGUACAAGAACAGACACAAACAACAACACUACAUAUGUACUUUUGGGAACUAAUGCCCCAGAAAACUUGCAUAAACCAACUACUGAACCAUCAGAUUGAUGAAAAGGUGUUUUACAAGAAGAAGGGGUUAAUUUCUUGUGCCUUGAGAAGCAGAACACUAUCAAGCUCAAGAGGGUUGGGUGUAUUUGCGGAUAUAAAUGAAUUAAGGGUGAUCAGUAACAAAAAACCUGGUUAUCUGCAGAAACCGUGUAACUAGACCCACAACAGUACCAAGACUUGAAUAUGAAAUCCUUCUUCACAAUAAUGAACACUACUUAAGCAAUAGUGAAAAUAAAGCCUGAAAAAAUUCAGGCCUUUAUGGGAUUUGAACCCAUGACCUUUGUGACACAGGUGCAGUGCCCUACCAACAAAGCUAACAAGCAAUCAGGAGCUAGUCAUCAUGUUAAUUCAUAAGAAAACCUGUGAAAUGAUGAAUCAAUGACUGUAAAUAUAUGAAAAUCAUAUAUGAACUGCAGAUUAAGAAAUGAAUAUGAGGCAAUCUUUGUAGUAAUAAAGUUUAAUGCUACUUAGGAAGUGUUUCACAGGUUUUGUGCAAACCAGCAUUACAUCAUGACCAGCUUCCAGUUGGCUUGUCAGCUCAGUUUUUAGAGCACUGCAUGCGUAUUGCAGAUGGUAUGGGUUCAAAUCCUGUACAGGCCAGAAUUUUUUUCAGGCCUUAUUUUUCACUACUGUGUAAAUAGUGUUCAUUACUGCGAAGAUUGCUUUCAUAUUCACUUCUUUAUCUGCAGUUCACAUAUAUGAUCUUCACACAUUCACAGUCAUUGAAGUACCAAGACAACCUCUUAUUUGCAUAGAUCAGCUCAUUUGGGCAUGUCCUCCUAUCAAUCUGUUCUUGACUCUUGUAGGGGACCCUCACAGAAAAGAGUCGGAGAAUGGUUGUAGUUGUUUGAGAAAAUUCCUACUGCAUAUCAACUGUCUUUUUAUAUUAUUUCAGUGUUGUUAAAGAAAUUGCAAUGUUUUUCACUGCUGGAAUUGUUGUCUCAGGGUUUGGUGAGUUCAUUUUGUUGCUAUAAUUGUAAGUAAUUUGUAAACACCUCACUAAGUGGGACAUACUUUAGACUUGAAAAUAAAAAACAUCUACAUGUAUUCAGUUCCAUUUAGUUAUUCAAGUAAAAAGGCUUAUGAAAAUUUUCUUUUGAUAUCUCUUCAGGUCUUCCAAUAGUUCUUGCACAUACUGAAGUUGUGAGUAGAAUUUUAUAAUACUGUAUUCUAAUUACAGGUGAACAGCUGUAUUGCUCUUAGGCUGGGUAAUGUCUGCAGUUAGUAGAUUCAGCAACUGAUUUCUUCAUUUAAUUUGAUUUUCAAUGGUCUUUCUUGGUUUGAUUCAAGUCAUUGCCAGAGUAAUUGAAAAUACUGAAAUUCACAACCUUAAGUUUGAUUCUUCCAGACUGCUUUACCAACAGUCAGAUCCCUAAAGCUCACUCACCUUUGGUUUACUGUGUUGUCUAAGCCCUUAUGAAGUUUCAAAAUAAUGUGCUGUUACUUUUGGGUAGCCUAUUCCCCUUGCCAAAGCAGGAGAGACAUGGAGUAUUUCUACUCCCCCUGGAUGGGAUUUUAGUUCAUCACAACCCCCCUUGCUAAGUUUAGCCUUGGCCCCCCCUCCCCUCCCACCCCAUUUCUUUUUAGAUCCACUAUAGUGUCCCAAUACCCAAUUAAUUUACCUUUUGCAGAGAGUUGAGGGUUUUAGAAAUACCUUUAUUUUUCCCAAAAACUAAACAAAGUUACACUGAUCAGGGUUCUGCAGGACCCUUUCAAUUCAAAGUUCUGGUUUUUUUGCUUAUUAGAGUUUCUCUUCCAUGUCUAGAUAAAAUGGGGAGCUAUGGCAUUGGUGUCAUCUGGAAACGUCUUCAUCUUUGUAACAAUUCUGAUUUAUUUUAUUGUUUUCUCUGGUGAAGAUGACUGGGGCUUUUGA